UUCACUGGAGCAGCGGCAGUGCCGGCACUUCCCUGCAAGGCCUGGUCCCUGCUGGGCGCUGCUUGGGUGCUCCCCACCGCUGUCCUUCUGUGGCCAGGAGUGGGGGCAGCAGGCAGCAAGGUUGCACUGGGCGACCCUCGCUGACGGGCGGAGGAGCAGGGGCACCUUGCAGAGGAGCUGUGGUUGAGGAGCCAGGGCGGGCAUCCCUUGUCCUGAGCUGAGGGCCAGCAGCAAGCGAGAUGGAGGGCUGCUGGAGGGUGACCAUCACCUCUGACCUGACUUCUGCGUUCCCAGUGCUCCUGCAGCUCUCCCCCAAAGAGACUGAGGCUAUCUGGGAUGCUGUAUCCGAGUACAUUCUGGAAGAGCUGAAGCAGGAUAAGGGCGUUCAGGUUGCGGGACUCGGGACCUUUGCUGUUGUCCAAGAGCAAUUCCAUGGCAAACAAGAGCUGCUCUUGGUUCGAAGACCUUUCUUCCUGCUGGACAUCGAUGAGUUGUGGCUGGAGGAGAUCUACUGUCCCACCGAGAUCCUCCCUGGUGAGAAGGCAGCAGCCCCCCUCUUCCUGCCCCCUGUCCGGAACGAUGGCGUCAAGAUUGAGCCACUCAACUACGUGCAGCUAUCGCAAGCCACCUCCUUCCCACUGCACGUGGUGAAGAACUGUGUGCAAGAGACCAUCCUCUUGUACUGCUUCCUCCUGAGGAGCAAGGAGCACGUCCCCUUUGGCUUCAGGGACAUUGGUGUUUUGACGUGCGAAGAUGGUUUCCUCUGCAUGAAGUUUUAUCUGGACUGUGUCAAACGUCUGGAGAGCACUGCGGGCCUGGUUGCACUGCUCCACAGUAGAAUGUGGCCGGCACAUCUGACUGACUUCAGUGGAGAGACCACCGCUCGUGGGAUCCAGAUGUUCCCAAGGUUUCAUCUGACUGUGAGGAGAAGGCCAGAGGCCAAAGUUUCCACCACCUCGCAGGAGGAAGCUGCAGGAGAGCGCAGGACCAGAAGAGUUUCAGAGUGCCAUCCUGACAACCUGCUGCAGAGGAGGAAGAAGCUUUCCCUCCCCAUGCUGACAAGUUGGGAGCCGGGCACAAGGCAGCAAGAUCUGGAGAAGAAGCCUUCUACCAGUGUGUUCCCCCCGUGUCCAGGCAGCUCCCCCGGGACGAAGAAGGCAGACAGGCAGGAAACAGCUCCUCAAGCCAAGUCCACCACUACUGCGCUCCCUGCUCCUGAAGCCUCCAGGAGAGCGCUGCAGGAGGUCUGGAACCUGUCUUCGCAGUGGGACCAAACAGACAGCUCAUGGCCCACGUACCAAAAGCUACAAGAGCAAGCCCGGGCAGAAAUGGCUGCGUGGGAAGCCUGGUCUGAGGGGGAGGACCAACAGAUACCCCAGCGAUUCAACAGCCAACAUGCUUGGACUCCCCAUCCUCCAGCCCAGCCCAGGAGCAAGGAGGUCAGGAGGAGGUGGAGGAAGGCUGAGAACCCUGCCCCAGCAGAGGAUUUGGGAGCCGCAGCCAAGCUGAAGAGACUCCAGCCUGAGGCGUUCAGGUUGCGGGACUCGGGACCUUUGCUGUUGUCCAAGAGCAAUUCCAUGGCAAACAAGAGCUGCUCUUGGUUCGAAGACCUUUCUUCCAGCUGGACAUCGAUGAGUUGUGGCUGGAGGAGAUCUACUGUCCCACUGAGAUCCUCCCUGAUGGCGUCAAGAUUGAGCCGCUGAACUACGUGCAGCUAUCGCGAGCCACCUCCUUCCCACUGCACGUGGUGAAGAACUGUGUGCAAGAGACCAUCCUCUUGUACUGCUUCCUCCUGAGGAACAAGGAGCACGUCCCCUUUGCCUUCAGGGACAUUGGUGUUUUGACGUGCGAAGAUGGUUUCCUCUGCAUGAAGUUUUAUCUAGACUGUGUCAAAUGUCUGGAGAGAACUGCGGACCUGGU